GUUUUUAUUGUGGUUUCCGUUACCUGCUUUGAGGACCGAAUACAAAUCUCGAUGAAAAUCUUCGAAAAUUGACAUUAACGUCUUAGAAGAGGCAAUUAUGAAGAUUCAGAUGGAGGGUUUUCAUAAAUUACACGAUGACUUGGAGAAAGUUAUUGAAAAAGAUGAUUCCAACAGUUCUAUUACAACAGAUUCUGAUGAAGCAAAACAGGAGUUCCGAACAUUCAGAGAGAGGCUGGUACACAUUCUCCAUACGAACAAGUUUCAGAUCAUUGUGGUGUGUUUUGUCAUUUUGGACUGUCUUCUGGUUAUAGCUGAGCUUCUUCUGGAUAUGAACAUCGUGAAUCUACCAGACCAUGAAAAUCACAUUGCUCCUCAGAUUCUUCACUACUCGAGUAUUGCUAUUCUCUGUUUGUUUGUUAUUGAGAUUAUUGUCCGUAUCUAUGCCUAUCGACUGAGCUUUCUAAAACACAAGAUGGAAGUCUUUGAUGCCAUAAUCGUCAUUGUGUCGUUUGUCCUUGACAUCGUGUUCCGUUCCCACGAAGGUCCUGAAAGUGGCAUUGGCCUCUUGGUGGUGCUAAGAUUAUGGAGGGUCACAAGAAUCCUAAAUGGUAUUGUGAUGUCAGUGAAAAAACAAGCAGAGAAGAGACUCUUGAGAGAGAGACGACUACGCCAGGCUUGUGAACAGGAACUUACAAAAUACAGAGAGUAUUGUUCCACACAAGAACAAGAAAUUGAAAUUCUCCGGGGAAUGUUACGGAAACAUGGUAUUGAGGAUGCCAACAGACUAGACAACCAGCCAGUUGUAAUAAGUACGAUUGAUGUUGUCGCAGAGGUUAAUCAGGUAUCAGACAAAGCAUCAGAAUCAGGCGAGGAACUGAGCUCAGACAAACGCACAGAAAACUCCAAUGGGAGUUGAGUCUGUUGACCAAAUUGAAGAAUUUUUUAGAAGGAGCAUUUGUCUGAUAAUGAUGAGAUUGAAAAGAAAUUUUAAUAGAAAAUGUGUAACAAUAUUGAUUGAUGCUAUUUUUUUGAUGGCAAAUGGUUGUAAUUGUAUCGGAAUUUUAUAUGUACAUUUGUAAUUUGACAAAUUUGUAUUUGUCACCAUUUAAUUGGUAUUAUGCACUUUUUCUGUAUUUUUUUGUACAAAAUGACAGAUUGUUUCUUAUCCCGAAACUGAAAUGUAUCAGCCUUAUAUAAAAUGUAACACUGUUUAAAAGGAUAAAUAUAGGUAAAUCUUCAUGAAAUCAUAGAGAAAAUUUGGGAAAAAAUCAGAUUAAAUUUGGUGUAUUUUCUUCACUCUUUGAGACAUUAAGAGUGAGCUAUCAGUCUUUAUAUACACUGCAGACAAGAUUUAGAACUUUUCUUCGUUAAUUUUUAGUAGAGGUUGUACAAAAAUGCAGUGUUUCCAUUUCCAGUAUUUUUAUAAACUAUUCCUGUAUAAACAACAAUGACAAUGGGAAUUGAAGUUCAAAGCUGAAAUAUUAUCACUGUAGUAACUGAGAUAAUUGAUUUCUGCUUCAUGCCAUCCCUGGUAAAUUCCUUCCUUCUUAAUAUGUUAAACAGUAUUUGUUAUUUGACUUCUUUGUUGUAGUGAUUGUACAUGACUCCAAAGGUAGAAUUUAUAGAAAAAUGUCUUUUCAAAACUGUUCCAGGUUUUAAUAUCAUAAUAUUGUGUAUAUUUCUGCCUUGUGGACGGUAUUAUGAUGUUUCCAUUCACUCAGAACUUAAUUCAGAUUAAUUUUGAAUCUUUUUUGAAAAACUGAGGUAAAACAUCCUACAAAAUGCAUUUUGUUCUGUUUAAUUUAUUAAAAUAAUUAUAACAUAUAAAA